AUGGGAUUUGAACCAUUUGGAUACAAAGGGCUUGAGACAGGCUCCAGACAGGUGGUAUCACAUGCUGUCAAACAGGGAAAGGUAAGAAUUGUUUAAACUUGCUUCCAUCAUGUAUUUGCAGGCAGUUUCUCAUUAUUAUGAGCUGAACCUAUGUGUCAUUUAUUUCAUCACAGUUGUCAUUUACCAUUGUUUGAAUUAAUUUGUUGCCAUCAUCACUGACUAUAUAGUCAGCAUCAUUUUGAUGUCUGAUCAAAUGAACUAGUUUUCUGAGUAUCAGACACACAUGGGUGUAUAAAUGCUCUUUCUUGAUUCUUUCUAGAUGGCAGGCUCAGUGUGCAAAGAAAGUCGUGUCCGAUAGCCUGGGGCUAGUGGAUUUUGCUAUCGGGCUAGUGUUUUUUGUUCUUAACUUGCCCGAUGGGCAAGUGCUGUUUUUUGGGGAAAUUCAAAUUACAGAAGGAUUGUUAUCAAUCUGGCCAAUCAAAAAGGGUUUUGGGGCUAGUUGAAGUGACUUGUGGGCUAAUACAUGCCAUCUACAGCGUGCCCGAAUGGCAGGCUGUAAAACUGAUUUUCUUUGCACCCUGCAGGCUUGAUGGUGUUUUUAUUAGUUAUUUUACUACUGGAUUGUCAUUGAUCAAAAUGAACAUUUGUCAAUGUAAUUACAAGUCUGAUUUCAAGUAUUAUUAUUUUUUCAGAUAAUUUUUGUUUUCCAGUCUCCACUCAACCCAUCAGGAGAGAUAUCAGAGGGUAAGCACAAAUAAUUAUUAUAAACAAUUAUUGGAUGAGGUUUUUGUGAUAUCCAGAAUAAUCAAGGUCUAGGUAAGUGUUGUCAGCCAAGCCGAAGGCCGAGGCUGAUGACACUUACUGAGACCUUGAUUAUUUAGGCUAUCACAAAAACCGAAUCUAAUAAUAUUCAGGGGGUUUAUUAAGGUUUUGAACAGGAGGGCAACUGAGUUUAACAACCGGGAAAAGAAUUGGCAAGGCCCUCCGGGCCUUGCCUUCUAGGGGGUUCCGGGGACAUGCUCCCCGGAAAAUUUUGAAAUUCUAUAGUCGCAGGGAUGUGUUUUCCUGCAUUUUGAAGAAAGGUUAAAACAACUACUGGAGGCCCUUUAGUUGAAGCCGAAAAAUAAUCCGCCGCAAACGCGGAAUCUGAAGUGCAACAUUGAUACAUUUCAGGUGGUUGUUUAUGAAAAUAAUGCAUUGUGCAUGCAACGAGAGGAUUUCAGAUUUAAAUAAUAGUCGUAAAGUAUGUUUUAUCUGCUUAUCAAGAAAAGCAGGUAACUUAAAACUGUUUUAAUCUUGUAUUAAAAAGAAGUUCUUUGAGAUGUAAAGCAGCCGGGCAAAGUCGUGCGGUCAAUUUGCCCGGUGCCCGCCCUUAAUGAAAUUGAAUAUUGUUUUUGAAGAAAGGCUGUUAGCCAAUGAGAAGACAGAUAGUGAGUUAUCUGCAAUAACUAAUAAUCAUAUGAUAACAGAUUGAGUACAAUUUUCAUAUGAUAAUAGUUAUUUUCUUAUGAAAAUAUUUGAUUGUCAGUUAUAUGCCAGUAGUUACAAUGUGGUAUGCGGACAUUAUCUUUAUUGUCUUUGUGCCUUUUACACUGUACUCAUAUUUUCAGCUAUGGGAAAACAUCUCAUGGUCCAUGGUGAUGGUGUAAAAGAUAUUGCCUUUGAAGUGGAGGACUGCAUUGGUCUUUACAAGGUGCAGUAUCUUAUUUCUUGUAUAUAAAUCUGUUUUUCUGUGCAUGUGUUAUUCAUGAGUGUCUGCAGUAAAUUUGUUUAAAAAUUAUAUAAUGAUCUGGGGCCCGUUUCUUGAAAGGUCCGGAAACUUUUUGGGUCCGAAGGCAAAUUUUGAAAUCAAAACCUGUUGAAUAGUAGCACAGUUCCUAGCUCAUGCAAACCAGCCAAUUUUGCUUCUUUAACUGAUAGUUUCGUUUUAUCAUUUUCAAAAUUACUGAGACUUUAAUCUUGAAUGCAAACACGACAGGCAAAAAGCAGCUUUUUGGGCCUGAAAAGUUAUCAUGGGUUUCGAGACCCCUGGCCCCUGGGAAGUAGACAUUUGAGAUAUCUAAACAUUUCUAAUGUUAUGGUUAUAAUAUUAUAUGUCUUGACAGCCAAACCUUUCCAAUUUUAGGAUGAAAUCCAAAUGUUUCCAAGUUAACAAUGACUUUAAAAUUUUUGGAAUCAUUGAGAAUUCCUAGGAAUUAUUCCCAUAAAUUCUCAUUGGUGUGUGUAUGAAAUCCAGAGACAGUUUCCUUUAAACCUGGAAUUAUUGGGAAUUCCUAGGAAUUUCCAAAAAUUCCCACUGCUGUUUUCACCUAUUCCCAAGACAGUAUUCCCAGAAAUUCCAAGGUUUUUUAUCUUUGCUCAUUUGUACGCCUUGGAAUAAAUUGGAAUUCCUAGGAAUUCCCAGAACUCUGGGAAUUCAUUUUGCAAGGGGUGCAUGUCAUUCAAGGUAGUAUUAAUUUGGUGUAGACAGGUGCAAUUGGGUUUAGUGGGGUGGGGAUUGGGGUUUGGGUAUCAGAAGCUUUAUAAGGAAACUCUUAAAUUAAAUUUAGGUAAAUUAGCUUUCCAUAGGGCAGUGUAAUAGAAGUUGUGACCAAGUUUUACUUUGUGCGCACAGAAUUAUUGGUUAUGGUGUGAUCACUCAAAUUGAAACUUUGGCACUGUACACAGAUACAUGAUGGUUUUCUACUUAUUUCUCUUUUUAGGCUGCCCUUAAGAGGGGUGCUGUGUCAGUUAAAGAGCCAUGGGAUGAGACAGAUGAAGGGGGCACAGUGACUUUUGCUACUGUCCAGACAGUAAGUACUAAUAAUAAUGCCCAUUCUCUUGCUUUGUUAGUGUUAGUUAUUUUAACAUUGAUGAAUUAAGUGGAAAAAAAUGGAACCUUUGUGGUAUCUAACUUUUCAACUUGCUUUUUUCAGCACUUCAAGUCAACUGAUCAAAUGCAAUCCACAUAUCAUAUAUGAAUUAAUAAAUAAAUUUGUUUAUAAAUUCACUAUUUCUGAGUGCUACUGAGGUUGUUGACAAUUAAGAAAUAUAUUAAUUUGUAUUUUAAUUUGGGCUAUUUUUCCUCUUUACCCUUCUGUAAUAAAGUUGACUUAAUAUGUUUUUUUGUUUAUCUGUAGUAUGGUGAUACAACACACACUUUCGUUGAGCGAAAGGGUUAUGAUGGUAUCUUUUUACCAGGCUACAAACUACCAAUGACCAAAGAACGCCAUCUUGCUAAACUGUAAGUUCAGUGGGGCUUAAGUUAACCCCCCGAUUCAUGACUGAUGUAAUCAUGUUAAUUAACUCUAAUUAAUUACUCAACCAUUGUGUGUUCAGCUGGGGCAUAAAAAUGCAAUAACAUAUAACAAUUCAUAUCUGAAUACGCCACAUAAUUUGUUAUAAAUCAUGGGGAUAGCUGAGAAUGCAAGUUAAAUAUUUCUUGUGAGGGAGCUAGACAAGUCUUUGAAUUGACCGUCUUUAAAAUUAUUUUUAAAUAUUUCUGAAACACAUGUAUUGCAAUAAAUAAUAAUUUUAUAAAAUUUAAUUUUUCUCCUAGCCCUGCCUUCCAUGUAUGAUUCAAAUGUGUGAUGAUAGAUGAGGGCUAUAUUUUUUUCUUUCUUGUACUAGGCAACUGUACAACUGUUUAAAAAGUUGCACAGAUAACUUUGAUGUCAUUCUUCAGUUUCUUCAGAUGAAAUUUUUUAUUUUUAUUUUUAAAUUUUGCUCUUAACAGGCCAGCAGGAAAACUUGCUUUUAUUGAUCAUGUGGUUGGAAACCAACCUGAUGAUCAGAUGGUGUCAAUCGCUGAGUGGUGAGUAAAAAUCUGCCAGCCAAACACAAACUGGCAGAGCAUUUUUGAUUGUUUAAUUUGCUUUGCACGUAUUAUACCAGUGAAAAUUCAGCUACUGCAUGGUAAAUAAGUGAAUGAAUCUUAGCCUGGGUGAGCAAGGGCUCUCAAUUUUUUCCUGCAUGUGAAAUCAUUAAGUCACAUGGUCUUUGAGUUUGAUUGCAAAGAGUAGAAAGUGGGGUUAGUUUGGGUGGGCAUUUUACUGUAAAGACUGAAAGAACAAAGCAUUUCUCUCCUGCUCUCCUCCCUGUCUCCUUUGACACGUCCAUCACAUAACCCAAGUAACUUCCAGUGAUCAAAAAGAAGAAAGCCUAUUCCAGGCAAUAAAGGUUUGACAUACCUUCCUGAGUUUUCAAAAAAAUAAUGCCAAGCUUCUUUCAAGCUUGGACCUGAGCAACAUUAAUUUUUCCCCAGUGAUUAAUUUUUAUUUGGCUCACUUCAAAAGAGCUAACGCUUUUACAAGAAAUCCUUUUAAUAUUACCUAAGUGUGAAUUAUGAGAGGGUAAAACUAAUUGCCAGUAACCUAAACCCCAACCUUGCUGUGGCUCCUCCCCAAAUUACAAAGGAGAGAGCCAACUUGAGAAGAGCCAUGACUUUUUUAAUUGGACUUCCCUGGUUUCUUUAAGGUAAAACUAAACUGGCAUUUAUGACUUUGCCUCCUUGUAUGCCAGUGCCUUAAAAUUUAUUACAUUUUGAUAUCUGCUUUAAAUUAAAGGUAUGAAAGAAACUUGCAGUUUCACAGGUUUUGGUCUGUGGAUGACAAGCAGGUACUUUUUCAAAGAGCUAAACUCUUUAAUUUUGAAAGUACUGUAGUCUAUUCUUCACCUACUCCCCUUCCUGCUACCCCCCUCCAUCCCAUAGCUGCACCCAUGAUCAAGUGAGUGACCUCUUUUUCCAGCAUUGAAUUUUUGGAAGGUUAAUAAGAUUAUUCCAUGUAUAUAACUUUCAGAAUCAAAGAGUUUCAAACAAAUGUUAGAAGUAUAUGUAAGAAGCAGUAAUAAUCUUCCCACUCCAUCAUUUUGUCGGAGACGCCAAAAUUGGGAGUGUAAAUCACCCCUAAACUGUUGCAUGAAACUGCUGAAGUUGAUGAGACAGAAUAAUGUUUUUUAAUUAUCAUAUAACAAGCAGGGGACAAGAACUAGAAAAAAAACAGGAUUGUUUAGUAAUGUUUUACAAUAUGUACCAAAUCAUUAAUUCUAUUUAAGUUUAUAAACAUUUAUGUGACCGUGGUGAAGGGGGAGGGAAUGGCAUGUACGAGACAUUUCUGCAGGGGUUGUGAGCUCACUAUUUGCAAGUAUUUAAUAUUCCCAUUACCCUCCGUCAUAAUAUAAUAUUCUAGAUUCACACAGAAUACAGUGCUCUAAGGUCAAUUGUGGUAACAAACUGGGAGGAAACAAUCAAGAUGCCAAUAAAUGAACCAGCUCCUGGCAAAAGGAAAAGCCAAAUACAGGUAAGAUUACAAGGGUGUUUCAUGCUCAUGCAGGUACUCAUUAGUUUUAUUGAUUGUUCGCUUGUGUUUUUUUAUUAUUAGUUUUAAAUUGUGUGUUUUGUCUAGUAAUAUUGCCUACUUGCAUAAGGCUACAUAACACUGGGCGUUCACUAUCUAAGCUUGGAUAAGAUGAUUAAAACCCCAUCCUAACGUUUCAAAACAGUUUUAUGCUGCUGAAUAUUUGCACACUUAACCCCAAUUUAAAAAAUCCAGAGUAAUAUUAUUAUUGAUUUGCACUUUUGGAUGUAUUUCAGGAGUAUGUAGACUACUAUGGAAGUGCAGGAGUGCAGCAUAUUGCUCUCAACACAUCUGAUAUCAUCAGUUCUGUAAGUCACUAGAAUCUAAACCCAAAAGCCCAGCUCUGAGCCAGUCAUGUAAAUCCUAAUUCUUGACACAUCUGAUGUUACCGAGUUCUGAUUUCUCUGACGUACUACCUUCGAAUUCUUUCAAAUAGGGUCGGAAAAUACAACUUUUUUGUCAUAAUUUACGCAGAAAGAGAAUUUGAUCCAGGAAGUGAAGGUGGGUUGGGGGGGGGGGAAGGGUCUCGGGGAAAGUUCUAGCUGAAAAGUUUGAAAGAAAGGUGCACGGGAAGGAUUUUCCUGCUAUUUUAGUUGAAUAUACCUGAUAUACAUUUGUGAAGAAGUUAUCGGGAAAAAUGUCAACUGGUGGAUAAAAAGUGUGCAGCCGUACAAAUAUUGUUUUGAGACAGAUAGACGUCAACUCUCAGCAAAUCGGUUCGACUUCACUUUAUAACUACAAACUUCGAAAUUCCCUUGCAUUGGUUAUUAAAAAAAGCCUACCUUCGAAAGAGGAUAACUUGUUGUCACUCAUGAUCAACGCGCUGUGUUUCACUUCGUUCCGCUAUGGCUGCUACCUGCAGUGCAUGUAGAGAAUGGAAACGUUUAAGAGCUUAAAAUUGUAACAUUAACUCCGCUUUUAAGAUUAAGCUUAAAUUGACAAGGUCAAGCGGGAGAUGAGAUGCCGGGCACUGAAGCAAGAUGACCAUAAACUUUUACCGUUUAUAGUCCACGCUUACUUUGGCGGAUUACCUCGGGCUUUUACAAAAGAGUUACGUUUUUCUUUUCCGAAUAAUUCUCGAAAAUAGAUGCUUACCUCCUGACUUGACUUUACGAAUCUCUUCGUGUAGACCGUCUUGUAACUAUAUUAAUCUUAAAUGCGAAUUUUUUCAAAAAAAACUGGAAAGUUUCUCUGAAGUAUGAAGGAUGUCUUGCUGGCAAACGUUGGAUUGCCUUCCGGCAAUCCGGCUGGCUUCCCGCCAUCUGUUUUCCCGCCUUUUUCCUACCGCUGUUCAUCGUAUCACCUGGUUCAGUUUUGGUGGGAAACCCGGCGUGGAAAACCACUCCCUGCUUGUUCAUGAAAAAAUGUUUUAAAGAUAUAAAUGAGAAACAGUUACAUGAUUUUGGUAGAUCGUGUUAUUUUUUAAAAUCAUCGCUUAUAAUUACCUUAAUAGAAUUUGUUUUGCGGUUUUACGUUUUUUGCACUUUUUUUUUACGUUGGAGGACCUUGGAGAAACAUUGCCAAGACCACCUAGUUGAGUAUAAGUAAUUGGUAGAGUUGAGGAGCUAAAGAACGGUUUUACAAACAAUACCGAAUUUCCUUAUUGGCUUUGUUAUCGCUAAAACGAAGCGAAAACUUGAGACAAAAACGUUUUUGUCAAUGUUCUUAUCUGGGGUCCCAGUCGGGAUCAUAAUGUCCAUAAUAGCCUCAACUGCGUCUGCCAACAGUCUUCAGUGCUUUACCAAACAAAAACCUCUUUUGACGCUCUUGGUUCUCAAGGUUGGGUAUUACUGGUACAGUCAAAUCCCGUUAAUACGGAUACUGAGGGGACCAUAGAAAGUGUCCGUAUUAACCGGGUUGAAUUUAGAGAAAUGUUAGGGCUUUCUUUCCCCAGGGGCAAAACAAACUGUCCGUAGUAAUGAGGUAUCACGUAUCAUGCGGGGUAUUGCCUUAACAUGUACUCAGUUUCUUUUCUUUUUUGUCCGUAGGUAAGAAAUUUGAAGGAAAGAGGGAUGGAUUUUCUCGUUAUCCCUGACACAUAUUAUGAUAACCUUCGCGCACGACUAAAAGAUGCCCCCAUUACUGUAAAGGAAGACUUGACUGUGGUGAGUUAUCUUGGCAGAGAAAAUUGUGCCGAAACUAUAAUAAUCUUAUAAUAAUCGUUCCUAAGUCAGAAUGGGUCCUGACGUUAUGUUCAUUUUCUUUGUUUUGUUAUUAUUAUUAAUUUUUUUUUUGGGGGGGGGGGGGGGGGGGGGUGGGGUUUGUUGGGGCAAAGUAGGGGGUCGAGGGGCAGAUAUUCAUUCUAAUUCCGAAGUUAGUGUAACUAGAGAGAAUAGAGAGUUUAAGAGAGUUUGAGAAUUUCUCAAAAUAGAAAAUGAGCAGAUAAAAACAGCUCAGAAAAUUCAUAUGGAUAAAAAAUUGCGUGAAACUACUAAUUUAUUUGUAGAAAUAAUGAACAGUGGGCGACUAGCAGAGGGAAACCUUGUCACGUGGUACAAAUUCGCGUUUGCCGUUUGACGUAAACGUGAUGCUUAUCCUCCACGUUUGUGUCAAACGGCAAACGCGAGUUUGUACCACGUGAUCAGGUUUCCCUUUACUUGACGUUUACUACUCAUUGUAACUACACGGAAAUAAGAGGAUUCAUGCCAGUUUUAUCCAUAAGAAUUGUUCUGAGCUGUUUUAUCCACUAAUUUUCUAUCUUUAGAAUUUCUUAGCUUGAAUCUGACGUUUGCCAUUUGCCGUAAACCUGAGACUUAUUGUGAUUAAAUUCAGUCUGUUGGUUUGCUGGCUCUACUUUAAUGCGUGUAUUUUCUCUGCAGCUACAGGAGCUUAAGAUUUUGGUGGACUUUGAUGACAAAGGGUAUUUGCUGCAAAUCUUUACUAAACCAAUGCAGGACAGGCCUACUCUGUUUUUGGAAGUUAUUCAAAGGCAUAAUCACCAGGUGGGUAUGUUGAUGAUAAAGUCUCUGUGGCUGUUCUCUUAAGAGGAGGCUACAGUGCAAGGCCCAGGCAACACGGCGUACCCUGAGCCUCAUAGCAAGCGUUUUAGAGUAAAUGAAAAGAGAACGCAUUAUCCGUUAAGGCGGAUAAUGCGUCUGUGGCCGUUUUUAUACUAAGGACGCAUUAUCCGUCUGAAUGAACUUGGGCAAACAUUUGUAGGUCGUAUGGUUAUGCGUUUCAAGUAUAAAGACGGGCACAAGACGCAUUAUGCGGCCGUCUGGUUGAACUUUCCUUCGAAGUACAUCUUGAACGACGCACUACGAAAGGUAGUUCGUCGGGAUGCAUAAUGCGUCUUGUGCUCGUCUUUAUAGUAGAGACGCAUAGCUAGAGGAACUACAAAAUGUUUGCCCAAGUUCGUCCAGACGGAUAAUGCGUCCUUAGUAUAAAAACGGCCAGUAUAUGUAUAUAUCGAGCCUGCGAGCAAGCUCUCCCUUUGGGAAUCGCGACAGGCGAAAGAUCAUGCGCGGUCUCCUCUCCUACCCCAGUCUUUCACAGCUCGAUCUUGGCAAAUAACCUUUGACUCGCAUGAGUCCCAGUGAGAUCUCAGUGGUGGAUCUUAGGGAGGGAUCCGGGGGCCCACUUUAUUUUAAGUUCAAACUGAGGCCCUCAGGUCUAAGAAAAUUUUUCUUCGAGGCCGCCUGCCCCUCCUAUCUUGGGGACUUCCACUAAUUUAAACACGUGAAUCAGCCUCUGUACGUUACUUCAGUUUGCAGGCUACUGAUGUUUCUGUAGUAAGCACUUGUUGACUUUUUUCAAUACACAGUGCAGUCUACUCUCCUCGCAGACACCCCGAUAAUACGGACAGCGGCUAUAUCCCCGGCAAAAAUAAGUGACAGACGUUUGACUCAAAUAAAGUCCCGCUAUUACGGACUCUCGCUAAUGAGGACACUAACUCGAGGUCUCUACGGUGUUUUUACAGAGUCCGAGAGUUGACCUUACAGAGCCGAGAGUUGACUGUAUAUACCUUACCUAUUUGUUUAUAGCUCUGUCUCUUUUCUCUCAGGGUUUUGGAGCUGGUAAUUUUAAGUCACUCUUUGAAGCAAUAGAGCAAGACCAGGCUCAGAGAGGAAACCUUUACUGAUUUUGUACUCCAUUUAUGCGACAUAUUCACAAACGUUAAUGUAAUCGAGCUCGCGCGAAACAUCGUGGAUGAUGGUAACUUUCCUACUAAUUUAAGAGAAGCGUGGCCAAGUAAUUAUUAGAUAAGAAAGCGCCACAAUUGUUUAAGCAAUUGCCCUUUUAGUUCAUAAACGUUAAACGCAAUGGGUUUGAGCUAAAUGCCAAUCUCAUGGUGGCAAAAACAGUAGUUGGCCUGCGAUCAUACGGAUGAGCGAGGUAAACCACGCAAGUUGGUGGACCGUGACUCGUGAUUCGUCAACUUGGGUGUAAGAUUCUCUAUGAAAUAAGUUUGGCCAUUGUUUAUAAAUUAUUUGCGGCACGGUAUAUCUUCAGUGACAGCUUUCGUUAUAUUUUUUUUAAAGGCAUAUCGUUUUAGGGUUCGACCAUUUAUAAGGUGGCAUAAAAUGUAAAAGCCAAGCUUUUUAAAGUUGAGGUAAAAUAUUUAAAGUUUCAAGAUUUGUGUAUUUUCAACAAAUAAUCAGCUAUAUUUAUAAAUGUAAACGCGACUGUCCAGACUGUCAAUAAACUGUUUUGGAUCAAUUUAGGUUUCUGGGAAACUGCCCACCUACCCCUCCCCUGCCAACAUUAUCACUUACUUCUCACUUAGGGC